AUGGCUUCUUCUACUCUUCUCAUCACUCUUUUAAUCUCCUUAUCAGCAUUCUUUCUCCGAAUGGUUCUCGCUCAAGUACCAGCUACAUGUGCCUCCAGACUGCUUUCCUUAGCUCCAUGUGGUCCAUUCGUUCAAGGCUUUGCCCAACUUCCGGCUCAGCCAUGUUGUGACAGCUUAAACCAGAUCUAUAGCCAAGAAGCAACCUGUCUCUGUCUCUUCCUCAACAACACCUCUACUUUGUCCCCUGCUUUUCCAAUUAAUCAAACUCUUGCUCUACAAUUGCCUCCGCUUUGCAACAUUCCAGCCAAUUCAUCCACUUGCUCCUCCUCCUUCCCUGGAGAGGCGCCUAGUGAUUCCUCCUCUGUUGCUCCACCACCUUCAAGCUCAACUGGUUCUCAAAUCUCUCAAGGUGCAAAGAACAACUCUCGUGUCGCUGCUACUCCAGUGGCUCAAAUGGCACCAAGACCCACCAGUUUUAUGGGAUUAGGUUAUGGUUUGAAAUCCUCUGGCUCCAAGUCUGAGAUUCAGCUAACCAUCUUUGCACUCGCAGCGAUCUUACCCGCCGCUCUCCUCCUCAUCUGA